GCGCCUGAAAACAAUGCACAUGGUUGGAGUUAAUGUUCUUUUCAGGAAACAUCUCCAGUUAGUUCCAAGGAGGGGCCACAGUGGCUGCCCAAUAGAUUGUUUCUUACUCUUCCAGACGAAAUAAAAAAAAAGACUUUCGUUUCCCUGCUAAAAUCAACAGAGGAAGGAGCUACGCAGCAGUGUUUUGUGAAGGGAGUAUCCCUGCAAUAGAACUUCACCUGAGGUUCCGACCAAAGAAUAAAACCCUGAAGUCGGCAGUGGGAAGUCCCAAGGCGCCAUGCAGGUAUCAAUGGUCGAUUUACUUUCCAAAGUGGAUUCAGGAAGAUGCGUGGGCAUCGAAAUAUCCAACAAGACCAGAUCUGUUACUUUAUCCUCUCCAAGCACCUACUGUGAAAGUGGCUACGUCCAUUCUCCACCACCUCCCACCAUCUCUCCUGAUGCCACUGACUACUGUGUGUUUGUGAAGAAGUCAUUAACAGCCCGUGGCAGCGUGGGGGUCCUCACUUAUCAUUACUCUACAUCACACACUAUAGCCAUUCUCUUCUCAAACCCCUUCGACUAUAAUUUACACAGCAUAUAUUUUGGGGUGUGGAUCACUGAUCAGAUCCGUAAGGCUGACCACACCCUAUACAAUGAGAUGUACUACAAUAAACACCCGUCCACUGAAUUUAAAUGUGUUGACGUCAAAAGACACGCACAGGCCUUAGAGGUUUCUCAUGGCAACCUGAAAGUCUUGGCCACAAUGUCCAAUGACUACAAGGCCAUCCUAAAAUUAGAUAUUGUAGAGACUGAUAAAUAGGCUACUGGUAGGUAUUGAUCAUAUGGCUGAUUGUCAAUCAACAGUCAAGGGGCUUAUUAACUACUAAAUAGCACCAGUCUAGAUAUCAAUAGCAAUUAAUAAGAGUUUUACUUUCUACCUUUUACUGAAGUAACUGCUGGUUGGAUCAGGAAACUGCAAUUUAGCAUCUUUCUUAGUAAAUAAGCCUCAAGUCUUUAUAACUAAGGCUUAUUCUGUACACAUAUAUACUUGUAACUGCCUUGAAAAUAAUAGUAUUAUUUUAUAGUAUUUGCUGUAAGAAUAACUGAUCAUUCACCUAUUUCAGAUAUUGAGGAAAUGUAAUAAAGGUCACAAAGAUUGCAAUCCAUAGCAACCAACAAGACGAUGGCGCUUGGCUUUUACCUUCAUAAACGCUAUUUACUAACUUCCUGUUGUGUUUGUUGAAUAAAGUAACUUCUGCAAA